GAUGUCUUUUAGGGUGCUAUAUCAUUAUCUCUUCAUUCUGUCUUACUGAGCAAAACCUACAUAUACCAAAUUCCCACAGUCUAUAGUGCCUGAUAGAGACACAGAUCAUAUACUGCCUGCUGCCUUGGGGGAAUUUCACUGAAAAGCCUCUGAGACCGAUUCUAAGGUACUGGUGUUCCCAGGUCCUACAGAUAUCAAGUUAAGACUGAAUGUUGUUUUGGGACAGAGAACUUUGAUCCCAAAGGAGGAUGGUCUUGAUCUGGAAUCAUAUUCUUUGCAUGAUCAUUGCUCUUGUUGAAAAAAAUUAUAUGGCAUUGAGUGGACUCUCAGCUCCAAAGACUGCUUUGUUUAUCAGAAUAAAAGCCUUUAACUUCUGUAGAAGAACCAUCAGAUUUUACAGAACUUAAUAAAGGGGCAGGAAUACCAGGACUAGAGGGCAAUAUUAAUUUUCAGCUGCAUGGCCAAGAUGGUCAACAUUAUUUCAAGACAAAAAGAUCCAUAAGACACAUGCACUAAGGAUCAGAUCCUCAGCUUCCUAUAAUCGCAUGCCAGGCAUCUGUUGUGACUUAACACCGCCUGUGACUCAGUAUCACAACCCACAGGCUGUGAAGACCCACGGCAUCAAGGGGCAUAACUAUGGAUCCUCAACAAAGAGAUCAAGCCAUUCACCAGGGCCAGUCUGGACCAAUGCCUUUCCCUCAGGAGGCACAGAGCAACCUGCUGAAUUUUUUAAAGGGGCAGCCAAUUAUUCUUGGGGUGAGCCAAAUCAUGAUUGGCCUAAUAAAUAUUUACCUGUGGAUUAUGGUAAAAGUCUUCCUUUCAUUCUAUGAACAAUAUCUAGUCCCAGGGAACACUGUAUAUGACUUCAUUUUCCUUUGGGGACCAAUUUUUUUAAUCGUAUCCGGAACUGUGUCCAUUGUGUCUGGAAAGAAGACAACAAAACAGAUGAUCUGUGGCAGCGUUGGAGUAAACACUGUGGCAGCUGUAUCAACAGGAUUAUCACUAAUAGUCCUUACACUCAGAAUAACCCUAACCUAUUUCUUCUUCUUAAACAUAUCAGCUCAUUAUUUCAUAACUGGGAUUUUGUUUAUGAAGCUUGCCCUCAUCAUCUUGGGAUUCAUCAUCUCGCUGUUGCUGUCUGCAUUUGGAUGCAGUGCUGUCUGCUGUGAUAUGACCUCAGUGGUUGUCGACUUAUCCUCCAAUGAACGUGGACUUCCCAUAGCUGCUCUUUAUCCUGACUAUGAUGAGGUGGCUUUCUAACCCACUUAGUUAUUUGAUAUAUCAACUUUUGAACUAUUCCUGGAUUUACUCUCAAUGUAUUAUUGAAAGUAAAUCAACAAUCAGGCAGUAAACAGAGCCUUCAGUGUUCUGAAGGGGAGAAAAAGUCACAGAUUGGCUGAUGUUGACUCUGCUAUGGUCUCCUGCUCUAUCCCCAGUCAUGAUUCCAUUGAGAAAUGAUAAAUGAAGCAUAUGAUUCAUCAGCAUCAACAAUAGCAUCAUCUCACACCCUCCAUAAUAGGAAAAAAUGGAAUAAAUGGAAAGGUUGUAGGUACUCCACACCAGAGUGUGGUGUGGAGGGUAUGUACCAGAACCGCCGACCUACACAAUUUCUGAGAAGCCAUUUGCUUCAGACUAUAAUUUUAACCCUAUACUGGGGCUGUACAGUAGGCCAGCUGCGUAGACCAUGCUGCUACUGACCCUUUCCCUAAAGGGUACAAAUUUCCAUGAAAUAAAAGAAUUAAAAUAAGCCCUGCUCUUAUCCCUUCACCUUAAAGGAGUCAUCAUUUCCUAGUAUUACUUCCAUCUGUGCCAUGAAGAUUUUACAUCACGAAGUCAGUUAUAGCCCUUUAACCUCAGGACCCUAUAAAACUAUUCCAAUGAGUAAAGAUGUUUUAAAACAGGAAAAUACGGGGGGUGCCUGGGGUAGCUCAGUUGGCUAAGCAGCUGCCUUCAGCUCAGGUCAUGAUCCUAGGAUCCUGGGAUGGAGCCUGGGAUCAGCAGGGAACCUGCUUCUCCCUCUUCCUCUGCCCGUCCUCCCUUCCCCCACUUGGUGCGCUCUCUCCUUGCACUGUCUCUCAUUCUUUCAAAUAAAUGAAUAUAAAAUAUUUUUAAAGGAAAAUACACACACUUUCUGUGCACAGGUUCUGCUUUUUCUUUUUUCUUUUCUUUUUAAAGAUUUUAUUUAUUUAUUUCACAGACAGAGAUCACAAGUAGGCAGAGAGGCAGGCAGAGAGAGAGGAGGAAGGGAAGCAGGCUCCCCACUGAGCAAGGAGCCCCAUACGGGGCUUGAUCCCAGGACCCUGGGAUCAUGACCCAAGCUGAAAGCAGAGGCUUAACCCAGGAGGCCACCCAGGAGCCCCAGUUCUGCUUUUUCUUAGUCCCCUUUGCUUCAUAGAUCCUGAUGCAGCCUGAAAUAACCCCCAAACUACUUGACGAGGGAACAGUCAUCAUCACGUUUUGACUUUUUUGAAAGGCCUGGAACACUGUCAGUUUGUAAUUAUGUAGUCAAAAGACACAGGUGGCCUCUCUUAGUACAUGUGUAACCAAAAUUUAAGGAGGUACUGGGAGAUGGCUUAAUGCAAUCCUGCCCGUACCAUCUGCAAUAGAACCAGAAACUGGCAAUCAGUAUGAUUCUGUGUGAUUCUGUAUGUUUCUGACUUAACUCUUGUCACAGUUUGAUAGCAUGUUGUCAACUACAAUAUAUUAAUUGGCACUUAACACUGUCUUAGACACUAGACUCUGGCCUCUGGGAACAAAAAUAAUGUGGAAAAUGCAUCUCAUUGUGGCCUAACAAAUUAAACUCCAUCUCUUAUUUUAAUGCUUUUUUUCAGAAAGCAAAGUCUACUAUACUCUACUAUACUGGAUUUUUAAAAAAGAUUCUUUGGGAUUUUCCACAUGUACUAUUAUAUCUUCAGUAGGGACAUUUAUAUUUCUUAAUUUCCAAGCUGUAGGUCUUUUGUUUUUUUCUUGCCGUGUUACGUUGGCUGUGACUUCCGGUAGAUGUUGAACAGGAGUGGGGAGAGCAGACACAGUAGUAUUGGGGGACAGGGGAGUACAUUCAGUAGGUCACUAUUGGGUAUGUUGUAACUGUAGGUUUUUGUAUAUGGCUUUUUUCAGAUAAUAGGAAUUCCCGUCUAUUCCUAGUUUUUUUAGUUUUUUCUUUAUCAUGAAUAAAUAAGUUUUGUCAAAUAUAUUUUCUGUAUGUUGAGAAGAUCAUAUGGGCUUUUGUAUUUAUUCUGUCAAUAUGGUGAAUUGUAUACAUUGAUUUUUUUUUAAACCAGUGUUGCUUUCUUGAAAUAAACCCCAUCAAUUGUGGUGAAUUAUCCUUUGAUAUACUUUUGUAUUUGAUUUGAUAAGAUUUUGUUAAUGAUUUUUGCAUCUAUAUUGAACGUUAUUUCUAUGUGUUUCUUAUGAUAUAUUUGUCUUAUUUGGGUAUUGGAGUAAUGCUGACCUCAUAAAAUAGAAGGGAUUAUGCUGAAUUACUUUUUUCCUUAAGUAUUUGGUAGAAUUAGCCAGUGAUAUGGCUAACCUGGAGGAGUUGGUUUCGUUAUUAUCAUUGUAGUGGUUUUGCCUAUACAUUAGAUUUCUUUAAUAGAUAUUAAACUAUUGAGGUCAUCUA